AUGUCCAAGCCAAUUCUUAAAUUUACCCCAUUUAAUUCAGCUGUAGAUGCUUCAUUUUGGCAAUCAUUUGCUUCAAAAAAAUUAGAUGUACUUAAAUUAUCAGAUGAACCACAAGUAAUUCAAGGUUAUUAUACAGCAGGUCAACUUGCAAUAGAUGAAAACAAGCCCAUCAUAAUUCCAAGUCAUUUUACUAUUCCUUCUGAUGGAUUAUCAAACACGAUUAAUGUUAAAUUCGGUUCAUGUUCAAAAGGAAUGCUUAUCAAUACAAAUACAAUUGAAGAAUUUAGAAAUAUUGACAAAAAUAAAUUAUUUCAUAAAGUAUCAGAAAAGAUUACUAAUUCAGUACAAGAUGGUGAAGCUUUAAAGGAUGCAAACAUAUUAAACUCAUUUCUGUUGUUAACAUUUGCUGAUUUAAAAAUAUACAAAUUUUAUUAUUGGUUUGCUUUUCCUGCUAUUAUGCCACAACCAACUCCUUGGUUAUUAAACUCAACUGAAGAAUUACAAUCUAGUUAUAACAAUCAAUUAGAUAAAGAAUAUCAAGCACUUGGAAACAAUCCACCUUAUUUCUUGGUUAAAAAAGAGAAUCAAACUGGAAAUAUACAAUUGGCAUCAUUGAGUCAAUUUGAUAAUAGUAAUGAUAAUUAUUUUUUUGGCUUUAUUGAUCCUUCUGUAUCAAAUGAUGCUCCUGGCUGGCCAUUAAGGAAUUUUCUUUAUUUAAUUCAUAAAACUUGGAAUAAAAGAAAAGUCAAGGUUUUAUGUUAUCGUCCAAGCCAAAAGAAUCAGUUAACCUCCUAUAUUUUGGAAACUGAAUUACCAGAGACCUCAUGUUAUGAUUCUAUCAAAUCUGUAGGAUGGGAAAGAAAUACACAAGGUAAACUGGGCCCAAGGAUAGCAGAAUUAGGUCCAUUAAUGGAUCCAAUGAAACUAGCUGAUACUUCAGUAGACCUUAAUCUAAAAUUAAUGAGAUGGCGUGCAAUGCCUGAACUUGAUUUAGAAAAGAUCAAACAAACAAAAUGUUUAUUAUUUGGGGCUGGUACUUUAGGUUGUUAUGUAGCCAGAUGUCUUAUUGGUUGGGGAGUUCGACAUAUUACAUUUGUCGAUGGUGGAAAAGUCUCGUUUUCAAAUCCUGUACGUCAACCUUUGUAUACCUUUGAAAACGCUUUAAAUGGUGGUUUACCUAAAGCUGAAAUAGCUGCUGAAAACUUGAUGAAAAUUCAACCCACUCUAAAUGCGACUGGUUAUAACAUAUCCAUUCCUAUGCCUGGUCAUCCUGCUAGUUCUGAUGAACAAUUAAAUGAUCAAAUUGAAAUAAUAUCAAACCUAGUUCAAACUCAUGAUGUUUUAUUUCUUUUAACUGAUAGUCGAGAGAGUCGAUGGUAUCCUACUUUAUUAGGUGCAAAAAUGAAUAAAAUAGUUUUAAAUAGUGCACUUGGAUUUGAUACCUUUGUUGUAAUGAGACAUGGAUCACGUCGAAAACAUGAUACUACUAAAGAACAAUUAGGCUGUUAUUUCUGUAAUGAUAUUGUUGCUCCUACUGACUCUUUAACAGAUCGAACCCUAGAUCAACAAUGUACAGUAACUAGGCCAGGAUUAGCAGCAAUUGCGGGCGCAUUAUCUGUUGAACUUAUGGUUUCUUUACUUCAACAUCCAGAAGGAAUACAUGCAAAAGCGGAUAUAAAUCAAUCAUCAUCUAUUUUGGGUGUAUUACCACAUCAGAUAAGGGGUUUUCUCGGACAAUUCAAUAAUAUGCUAAUUGUAGGACAAGCAUAUGAAAAAUGUACUGCUUGUUCUGAGAAGAUAUUAAACUUAUAUAAUGAGAAUCCUUCAAGUUUUAUGAAACAAGUUUUAAAAGAUUCUCUUUAUUUAGAAGAGAUAACAGGUUUAGCAGCUAUGAAAAAGGAAAGUGAAGCUUUAAUAAAUGAUGAUUGGGAGGAAGAAGAUAACAGUGAUAUUUUAAUUUAA